UGAAUUUUCUCUUGUGUUUCAUUUUACUUCAACUUCAAAAGUGUCUUGACAAGUCUACACAGCAGUGCUCUAUUUUUUGUCGAAUGUAUUGUAAAACACAUACAUGCCGACUCUACGCUGUUAACAUGCUUUGCAUUCAAAUGUCGUUUAUUUAGUCGUAUACUUUCAUUCAACUUUGCUGGACCAACAAACGAACGGAAACUGAGUGUAUGUGUCAAAAAGUCAUUAAUUGCAAUUUUAUAUGCUCCAUUACUAUCUCAAGCCACUUGUAAUGGAUAAAACAUCUUAAGGAUUAAUAAAAUACUAACAAUUUGGAUGUAUACCUACACAUAAUUUUUAUGUUUGUUUAUUAUUAAUUUAAAUAAUUUAAAAUCGAUUGAUAGGUUAUUUAGUUUGUUGGUAAAACGCCUAAUCAAAUGGAGAUGAUGUUGUAUCGGUAUUUCGAGGAAUUUCAUGUGUGUCUGUGCGUAUUGUAAAGUAAAUGUGAGUGAGUGGCUUUUGUGUGACACCACCCCAAAGGAAAAACCAGAUACAAACAAAAUUGAUUUCAAUUAUGAGACAAUCGAGAAAUUAAACAAAUACUAAAUGAAUAGAAAUGUUUAGUAAAAUAAUAAAAUGAUUAUAAAAUGUUUAAACAAAAUUAAAGUGAAUAAAACAUAAAGAAAGAUCAAUAAAAAAUCAAACAAGAAAAAUUGUCUAAUGAAAAUUACAAAUGAUUAAGAAAAUUUUACGCUUUAAAGCUCAGCAUCAAAUCACAGAGUGUUGAAAAAAAAAAAACAAAAGAAAAAUUUGAGAAAAGGACUUUUCUUUUCGUUCGUGGCAUGAAUAGACAAAAAUGUUCUUCAUGUACAGAGUGUUUGUGUAAAUUUUGUUUUUUUUUUUUCAUGUAAAAGUCAAUGGAAUGUUACAUGUAUAAAUGUGUAUGUGAGAAUUUAAAAAGAGAACAAGAACAAGCAACAAAAUCAGAAAAAAAAAUUAUUUUAACAACAUCAACAACACCAUAAAUCAACAACAUAAGUAAAAGAAGAGCUAAACAAGCAAAAAAAAAAUAAAGAAAAAACAAAAAAGAAAAGCAGAAAUAACAACAAUAUUUAAAUAAAUUAUAACACAAAAACAAAAAACAGAGAAAAGUGUAAGAGAAAAACAACAAAAGUUAAUUAUGUUUCUUGGGCCAUGGUUUUACUACGGACUGUCUGUUAUCAACGCAUACCAUUUACCAUUAUCAUUGCUGUCACUGCUUCCUAACCCAGCAUCCUAUAAUAAAUUCAUUUAGUCUACAUACUUGUGCAUACAAAAAUACACGCACAGGUGGAGAGUGUUUAAGCCUGUAGUUAUAGUAGACUAAGAACAACAACAAUAAUUAAGCAAAACAAAAAGUUUAAGAAAGCCAGCAAAAAAAAAGAGUAAAAGAAACACACGAAAAAUAUGUAUGUGUGAAAAUUGUGUUCGUUUAUAAUUCCACAUCUUCAGCAUUCAUUCGUAUUACUCACACAAUCUAAAUGUUGUUGGCACUGCCACGGCUGCUGCUACUUUUGUUUUCGUAGAUUUUGCGAUUUGUGUCACCGCCAUUAAUUUUGUAGCUUCCGGUUUGCAAAGGAAAUUGCUCUAAGGGAAUUUUGCUGCUUUAUACCAAAUGAAAUAAAUUGGCUACCAAAAUUUUAACAAUUUACAAACAUAUAAAUUCUAAUUUAUUUAAACAUUAAACCAUAAGCCACAAACAAAGUCGCCUUAAUCAUACAGCGAGCUUAACAUUUUUUUUUGCCCCAUCAUGAUAAAUUGCAGGGGAGAGUUAAUAAUUUAAACAAUACAAAAAAAAAUAUAAAAACAUCAUUACGCAUUACAUCAAUCAUACAUUUAUAUACAUAAAUAAAAUACCAACAAAGUGUGCGCCCUUUCGCCAAAAUUAACCUCAGCUAAAUUUUGUUAGCAUUUCGAAACGGUGAUUAUGAAUAAAAAACCACCCUUGCCAAUAACGGCAUUUAUUGGCGGUCCACAAACAAAUGCUGGCUCCAUAGCAGCAAAUAAUGGCAACAGUGCGACAAACUCAUCGAUGUGUUUCUCGACGCCGGCGAAAAGUGAAAAACAGCGUGAUCAUCAUCAGGCAAAUACGGGCAGCACUGGUCUUUGUGGCUGCCACAAGGCACCCAAAUCACAUUGCAUAUCGGCCACAGGAGUUUUAAUAUUAGUUCUUCUAUAUACCGCCAUGGGUUCUAUAAUAUUUGUUACGCUUGAAGGAGAACUUGAUGACACUAGUUCUCUAGAGACGGCUGUAGCGGCUUCCAAACCAUAUCCCCGUAACGAGUUAGCCAAUGCGGAAAUAAGAUCGAGAACGGUUGAUCGUUUGUGGUCGAUUACUGAAGAUUUGAAUAUAUUAUACAAAGAGAAUUGGACACGUUUGGCUGCUCAGGAAGUGCAACAUUUUCAGGAUACUUUAUUACGUUCAGUGCGUCAAUCAAAAAUUCAUCAGCCCGGGGUACAAAUGAAUCCGCCCACUCAUAAAUGGACUUAUGCUUCAGCAUUUUUAUAUUCACUGACUUUAAUAACAACGAUAGGUUAUGGUGGCAUUUCACCCAGAACCCAGUGGGGCCGUAUUGCAGCUUUAAUUUAUGCUCUAUUUGGUAUACCCAUCGUCCUGCUGUAUCUCUCGGCCAUGGGAGAGGGUUUAUCGGCCGGUAUGCGCUGUUUAUUUCGUAAGGCUCGCUCGAAAAGCGCCAUUAGCAGUGGGAGUAGUGGCGGUGGUGGCGGAGGUGGCAUUAGUGGAGGCAAUUCGAAUACAGCUAUUUCAUCAGGUGGUGGUGGUGGUUCGAACAAGAAACAUGCGAACGACAUUAAAAGUCACAACAAUCCCAGUAAUAAACAUUAUGCCAGUGGCAAAAUGUUGGCCACCCAUCAAUAUGGCUCAUUAAGCAAACAUCAGUAUCAGGCAUCCGGUUCACCCAGUGUGCCCAUUUCCAUAUGUGUCAUGGUUUUGAUAUGUUAUAUAACAUCAGGAGCAUUGCUCUUUCAUAAAAUGCAGAAUUGGACGGUUUUGGAAGCCCUGUACUUUUGCUUCACCUCUUUGGGUACCAUUGGCUUUGGAGAGCUCACACCUGCUGGCAACCUAACGUUAUAUUUGGCCUCUGCCUAUAUACUGAUUGGCAUGGCGGUGGUGGCCAUGUGCUUUAGUUUAAUACAAACCGAACUGGUCAUGUGGUUAAGACGUUUUAGUGUACAGGAUCAUGUUAUGCCCCAGACAGACGAUGUCUCACUGGUUUCGGUGUCAGUUACACCAAAGUCCUCCUGA